AUGGAUCCAAAUGUUGAGUCGUUGGAACUACAAGAGCAAAAUGUUGGCACCGAUAAACUAAGCUACGAAAUAUUCUCAAUUCUUGAAAGCAAAUUCUUGUUUGGUUACGAAGAUUGUAAGCUUUGGAAACAACCUACGACACAAGUAGUUUCUCAACAAGGUGUUAACGUUAUACCUCAUGAACAACAACAUAUGAUGAAGAAUCAAAGAGGCAAGAUAUGUGUCUUGUCGAUUGACAACGGGGGCAUGAGAAACAUUCUAGCUGGAAAAGCAUUAGCCCAUCUUGAAAACGUGUUGAAAUUGAAAUCCGGGAAUUCGAAUGCUAGAAUUGCGGAUUAUAUUGAUGUAGCUGCUGGGACGGGUAUAGGUGGUGUUUUUAUUGGGAUGUUAUUUGGAAGCAAGAAUGAUCUUGUCCCGCUUUUUGAAGCGGAUGACACGUGGCGGUUUUUGGUUGAGCAAGGAACGCGGUUGUAUUGUCCGAAAUUGGGUUAUGGGGGUGGAGGGUUUUUGAAGAGGCUUUUUCGUGGUGGUGGUGGUGACGGUGGCGAUACAGAAAAAUUUGAAAAUGUGAUGCAAGAAAUGUUCAUGGUUAAUGGAAGGAGUUUGACUUUGAAAGAUACUUUAAAGCCGAUUUUAAUCCCGUGUUAUGAUUUGUCUAGCUCGGCUCCGUUUUUAUUUUCAAGAGCUGACGCGUUAGAGACUGAUAGCUUUGAUUUUCGUCUUUGGGAAGUGUGUCGGGCGACUUCAGCUGAACCGGAUAUGUUUAAACCGGUUCAGAUGAAGUCGGUUGAUGGAAAAACCAAAUGUGUUGCAGUUGAUGGCGGAUUGGCUAUGAGUAACCCGACAUCUGCUGCAAUUACACAUGUGUUACAUAAUAAACAAGAGUUUCCGUUUGUGCGUGGCGUGGAGGACCUUUUGGUACUUUCACUCGGCGCGGGUCAACCGUUAGAAGGAAACUAUGGUUUUGAUCAAGUUAAAAGAUGGAAGGCUAAAGAUUGGGCUCGUCCUAUGGCUCGAAUUUCUGGUGAUAGUUCGGCUGAUAUGGUGGACCACGCCGUAGCAAUGGCGUUUGGUGAAAAUUGUUCUAGUAAUUACGUACGCAUUCAGGCAAACAGUUCAAGUAUGAGCCGUCAUGGACCCAAUGUUGAUUCAGAUCCUAGCCCCAACAAUGUAAAAUCACUAAUUGGACUAGCCGAUGAGAUGCUAAGCCAAAAGAACGUUGAAUCGGUGCUAUUUGGUGGUAAGAGAAUUGGGGAGCAGACGAAUUUUGAAAAACUUGAGUGGUUUGCUGAAGAACUCGUGUUAGAACAUCAAAGGAGGAGUUGUCGAAUUGCCCCCACUGUUGCGUUUAAGCAAGCUACCCCCAAAUCGUAACCAUAUCCUCGUAUAUCAUGUAUAAAAUGGUCAAGUUCAUUUGUGUAGCUCACUAAUUACUAAUUGUCUAAUUAGUACAUCUUAUGUAACCAACCCAGCAAGAUUAAACGUUUUAAAACUUUGAAUAGUCUAAAUGUUCAUGUUGUCGGUCUACCGACAAAUGGAUUUUAGGAGGAGAUUUUGUCAUUUUAAUGACUAUGAUCUUGAAAUCAUUCAUCUUGGAGUAUGUAUUGUGGUGGGGGAGAUGGAUUUAAAAGGUAUUGGUAGUGUGAUAAAAAGACAUGUCCUCAUGUAUAUUAGUAUAUAUUUUAUAUUUUUUCCCUAUGUAUUUGUUAUAACAUUUUGCUUCCUUACAAAAAAUAAAGCAAAUCAUAUGGAAAAAAAACUUCUGCCGGUCUUUAGUUAGACAA